AUGGCAAAUAAAGCUGGAAGGAAGGUCUUGAUCGCACAGGAGGGGAUUGUUGAAAGUGUGACCGCUGCAGAAAGCUCUGAAACGGAUGAAUAUGAUCAGGAUGAAGCAGACGAUAAUGUAUACCCUAAGCCAAAACUUGGCGAAAUUAAAGAUCAUCUAAACAUUGUCAUUAAAUACGUAGAAGAUAAAUACAAUGAAAACGUAUCUGCGCAUUAUGAAAAUUUAAGGCAUCUUCGUGAGGUUAAAGAAAUCAAUGUGAAAGAAAGACAACCAAAGAUUAGCAGGUUUGUUAAACCAAUAUCAAAAGGUGGCAGUGAUUUGAUUUAUGAGAUAGAUACAUUUUUUCGACUCGUCGGUGACAAGAUAUACCAGAUAUACUGGAACUGUGAUGAAGAUGAGAUGCGCGUGGGCCGUAUGAAACUAAUGUCUGAAGAAAAUGAAUCGUGUUUAGCAGAAAUUAAGUCAUUAAAUGGAGAAAUAGAAAAUAUGGUGAUCGAUCAUAAAGAUAAAGUUCAAGAAUAUGAAAUUCAAAAAAUUAAAUUUGACGAACGAGUAUUAAAAUUAUAUCGUGAAGCCCAAUUAAAUAAAGUUAGGAUUGAGAGAAAAAAUAGAAAUGAAAUGUUAAUAAACUUGAUGGAACGUGAGAAGGAAUUGGAUGAUCUUGAAAAAAUAAAUAAAGAAAACAAAAGGAAGUUCAUCGCUUCAAAAGAAAUUAAUAUCGUAGAAACAGAGCAGAUGAAAAAAGAAUUAUUUAGAAAAGAAGAAUUUUUGAAGAUGUUUUGUAACCGUUUCAGUAAAGAUAUGUUGAUGCGGUACAAGAAGAAAAAAGGCCUAGAACUCUCGAUUAAAGAAAAAAAGACCAUGGUCGAAACGUUAAAAGAGAAUGUUACGUUAAUGGCAACGCACCUUGCGGACCUCCAAGAAUCUGAACGGGUUUAUCUAAAACGUGAGGUGUACGACAAACUGGACGCGAUACGUGAAAGAAUAGCAUUGCGAACAAUUACUGCAUUUAUUAUGCCUUAUGUGAACCUCAAGUUUAAAUCUAGAAAGAAGAAAAUUAAAAGCAAAAAAACCAAAGGGUUGAAUAAGAAGCCUAUAAAAUAA